AUGUUUGGCCGCGUCUCAAUGCAGUGUGAGACGUCUCUGCCUCCCAGAGUUGCGGGAGUUUUUGUAACUGGCCUGUGCCGAGGGCUGCCUGCCACCGCCGCCUUCGAGAUCCCGGCCCACGAGCCGCAGCUGCUUUUUGGCCGGCUCGCUGAUCGGCAGCGUCAGUUUCUCCUGGGAGUUUGUGAGAAAUGGCAGAGUCAGAAACUGUUCGAAUUCCAGGUAGUUGACCUGAUUGUAAAUGCCCUUUUCCCACUCUCUCAGCGUGCAGCCCUUUGUUUUCUGCGCUUCACCAGGCAGGGCAUAGAAAAGGAUUCAGUGACUGUUGAGGAUGUGGCCGUGGUCUUUCCCCAGGAAGAGUGGGUAUUGCUGGAUCUUGCUCAGAGGAAACUUUACCGAGAUGUGAUGAUGGAGACCUUGAGAAACUUGAACUCAGUAGUAUCUCAAAACAUUAAUAAUGGUGAAAAGUUAUCCAGUGAACAUAUAAUAGUGCAGCUUAUGAAGAAUAACAGCUGGUCCUCCAUGUUAGGAGAAGUCUUCAAAUUGCCCAGCAGUGAAGAUUGGUCUACAAACCAGGGGAUUCAUUUGAGAAAGCACCCAGUGGAGAACCUCCAUGAAAGUAAUGAAGGCUAUCAGUGUGGAAAAACUAUCAAUUGGAUUUCAGAUUUUCCUGUGCUAAGAAGGACUCCUCCAGAAGUAAAUCCCUUUGAAUACUUUGAGUGUGGAACAGCCUUCAUGGAGCAUUCAUCAUAUGAGCAUCAUACCAGAUUUUAUACUGGAUGGAAUACUUGUCAGUCUAAGGAAUGUGGAGAAGCCUGCAUUUGUCCCUCUUACCUAAGUACUCCUCUGAGAACUCUUACUGGAGAGAAACCAUAUAAAUGUAAGGUAUGUGGCAAAGACUUCAUUUGUAUCUCAUCCCUUAAGAGUCCUGUGACAACAGUUACUGGAGAGAAGUACUAUGAAUGUGACAAAUGCAAGAAAGAUUUCUGUAGUUGCUCAUCCUUUUGGACACAUUUUCGAGAUAAUAAGCUUCAGUGUAAAGAAUGUUGUAAAACCUGUAAUUGUCCUUCAUUUCUUAUUUUACCUGAAAAGUUUCAUAAUGGAUAUAAGCCCUAUGGAUGUACAGAAUGUGGGAAUGCCUUUAGUUGUGUCUCAUCACUUACUGCACAUAAAAGAACUCACAGUGGAAAGAGGCCUUAUGAAUGUAAGGAAUGUGGGAAAGCCUUCAGUCGUUCGUCAUACCUCACCGAACACAAAAGAAUUCAUAGUGGAGAGAAGCCUUAUGAAUGUAAAGAGUGUGGGAAAGUCUUUAGGCAUUCUUCAAACCUCACUACACAUACAAGAACUCACAGUGGAGAGAGACCUUAUGAAUGUAAAGAAUGUGGGAAAGCCUUUAGUCGUUCCUCAGCCCUCACUGAACACAUAAGAAUUCAUAGUGGAGAGAAACCUUAUGAAUGUAAAAACUGUGGGAAAGUCUUUAGGCAUUCCUCAAACCUUUCUACACAUAUAAGAACUCACAGUGGAGAGAGGCCUUAUGAAUGUAAGGAAUGUGGGAAAAUGUUUAAUCAGUCUUCAUCUCUCACAAAACAUAUAAGAAAUCACAGUGGGGAGAGGCCUUAUGAAUGUAAAGAAUGCGGAAAAGCCUUUAGUCGUUCCUCAUACCUUACUGAACACAUAAGAAUUCACAACGGGGAGAGGCCUUAUGAAUGUCAGGAAUGUGGGAAAACCUUUAGUCGUUCUUCAUACCUCACUGAACAUAUAAGAAUACAUAGUGGUGAGAAGCCUUAUCAAUGUAAAGAAUGUGGGAAAGUCUUUAGGCAAUCUUCAAAUCUGACUACACAUAGAAGAAUUCACAGUGGAGAGAGACCUUAUGAAUGUAAAGAAUGUGGGAAAGCCUUUAGUCAUUCCUCAGCCCUCACUAAACAUGUAAGAAUUCACAGUGGAGAGAAGCCUUAUGAGUGUAAGGAAUGUGGGAAAAACUUCAGUCGUUCCUCACAUCUCACUUCACAUACAAGAAUUCACACAGAAGAGAAGGCUUAUGAAUGUAAAGAAUGUGGGAAAGCCUUUAGUCAUUCCUCAGCCCUCACUAAACAUAUAAAAAUUCAUAGUGGAGAGAGACCAUAUAUAUGUAAGGAAUGUGGGAAGGCGUUUAGUCAAGCCUCAGCCCUAAGUAAACAUACAAGAAUUCAUAGUGUAGGGAAGCCUUAUGUAUGUAAGGAAUGUGGGAAAGUUUUUAAGCAGUCCUCAUACCUCAUUGAACACAGAAAAACUCACAGUGGCAUGCGGCCUUAUGAAUGUAAGGAAUGUGGGAAAGCUUUUAAUCGUUCCUCGUAUCUCAUUGAACACAAAAGAACUCAUAGUGGAGAAAAGCCUUUUGAAUGUAAAGAAUGUGGAAAAGCAUUUAGUAAGGCCUCGUACCUCACUAUACAUGUAAGAACUCAUAGUGGAGAGAGGCCUUAUGAAUGUAAGGAAUGUGGGAAAGCCUUUAGCCAGAUCUCUUCCCUCAGUCUACAUAGAAGAACUCACAGUGGAGUCAGGCCUUAUGAAUGUAAGGAAUGUGGGAAAGCCUUUAGUUGUUUGUCAUUACUAACUAGUCAUAAAAGAAUCCAUACUGGAGAGAGGCCUUAUGAAUGUAAAGAAUGUGGGAAAUUCUUUACGCAGUCCUCAAAUCUCACUACACAUAAAAGAACUCACAGUGGAGAGAGACCUUACGAAUGUAAGGAGUGUGGAAAAGCCUUUAGUCAGUCCUCAUCUCUCACAAAACAUGUAAGAAUUCACAGUGGAGAGAGGCCUAAUGAAUGUAAAAAAUGUGGUAAAACCUUUAAGUUUUCUUCACACCUCACUUUACAUAUAAGAACUCACAGUGAAGAGUGGGUUUAUUAA